AUGUGGGUCUCUUUGUUUUACAGCACUAUUGUGUGUGUGUUUGUUUCUUCAGGUCUGUGUGGUGUUUAUACAGACGAAGUGUCAGUGUCGGUGAUGGAGGGAGAUUCAGUCACUCUGCACACUAAGGUUGAAACAAAGCACCAAGAGAGUCUUAAAUGGUAUCUCAGCGGCUCUCGCAUCGCUCAAAUCGAUGGAGAUCUCAGUUUUAUCUGUACAGAUGUUCAGUGUAGUGAAGGAACUGAGAGAUUCAGAGACAGACUAAAGCUGGACAGUCAGACUGGAUCUCUGACCAUCACAAACAUCACAAACACAGACUCUGGGGAAUAUAAGCUAAAAAUCAUCAGCAGCAGUGACAGUGAAAGGAUCUUCAGUGUUUCCGUCAACGAUGUUCCUGCUGCUGAUCUAUAUGAAAUGAAGGAGGGAGAGUCUGUCGCUUUAGAUGCUGGUGUAAUAAAACACCCAAAUGAUGUGAAGACGUGGUAUUUUAAUGAUAAUCUCAUCGCUGAAAUCAAUGGAGAUCAGCGUAAAAUCUGUACAGAUGAUCAGCGUUAUAAGAGAUUCGGAGACAGAUUGAAGGUGGAUCAUCAGACUGGAUCUCUGACCAUCACGAAUAUCAGAAUCACAGAUUCUGGAGAAUAUAAACUCAAGAUCAACAGCAGCAGCAGCACAUUCAGCAUCACCAGAGUGAAGAGAUUCAGUAUUUCUGUCACUGCCGCUGCUAACUUUGAAGAGACGGGAUCCUCGCUGACCACACCAACAACAUUCGGCAUCUCCCCGUUCUCAACAGAAGAAGACUCUGCACAUGCUGAGCAGUCCUUCAUUGAACAACAGUGA